AGAGAGAGAGAGAGAGAGGGAGAGAGGCAAUGGAAAAUUCGGGAGCCUUACUCUGUCAAAUAUCGGCAUUGAAGGACAUGCUAGACCAGGUCAAUGAAGAAAUUGAGGCAAACAUUGAGAGGACAAGAGAGAUAGAAUCAGAGAUGGUAAAAUGCUCCGAAAUCGAUAAGGGUUUGCUGACUAAAGAAUCAGAGUUCACAAAGAUGAUUAGUAUGCAGGAAUUUGAGAUAAAUGGGUUGAUUCAAGUUGCUGCUGUUGCAAGUACCUCACUGGAACUGAUGAAGAAGGAUAUGAGUUGUUUGAGAAUGAAUUUGGAGGAAAUACUCAAAAGAAAAAAUGAAUAUCGGGAGAAAUUCAUUGUUCUAUGUGGAAAUUUCCAGAGGGACAUUGUUAAGGGAGAAACUGAGGAGUUAUGGGCAUUGUUAUUGGACAAAGAGGUUCUUGAAAACGAAAAGUUUAUUUUGAAUAUGAAAAUUAAUGCUCUAAGAAAUUCAACGUCAGCAUUUGUUGAAGAGAUUCUUGAGGAACUUCACAACUCUAACUCAGUCUUACAGGUUGAGGUGCAAUGCGGAAAUUCAGAAAAUAAUAAACUUCUCAAGGAUAUUGAUGACCUGAAGAACUCAUUACUUGCCCUAAACUGGUUUAAAGAUAGUUCUUGCAAUGCACAGUCCCAUCCUUCCUGCAAUGGUUUGUAGACAUUUUUGCAACAAAAGGGACAUUAAAAGGUGGACAACCGAAGCAGGGGAGGAAAGCUAAUGAUUGCACCAAAAGCCUGAUAAUCUGGCCAUCCAUGUUCCAGUCCUGUGACAGACCACUUGAACGAUGUCCAAUGAUUUGUGUGUUUGUUCAUGUAAAUUUAAGGCAGGUCUAGAAUUUAUGCUGCUUUCCUUGACUAUGCUGAAGAUGAAUUUUGAAUCUCAACAGACCACUUGAAUGAUGUCCAAUGAUCACAUUGUGUUUGUUCAUGUAAGUUGAAGGCAGGUUUGGAAGCCUUCAUUGACUAUGCCGAAGAUGAAUUUUAACCUCAACAGAAAUUGGAGCAUUGGAUUCGUGGUUA